AGUGUUGGAACUAAACUCUGCAGGACAGUGGCCCUCCAGGACCCAGGGUUCCGCACUCCUGGUUUAGAAGAAGCACCUUGGAGCUGUUCUCAGAGUUCUUUUGCUUUUGCUGUUGGUAAUUCUUGUUCACUUAUGCUUUUUAAACUUUCAUUUUUCAUUCAUGCAAAUCCAGACUGAUGCUGGGGUGUUCAGUGUUUAUCUUCUGGGUAGAGCACGCAACCCUUGACAGAGCUGACAAAUAUCGCAUUAUUCCAUCAUCGUUUCCCACAGCCUAUUUAAAUCUACUAUCAUCGAGCUACACACCACUUUCAUAAGUUGGCUUUUGACUCUUGAUCACCAUGUGGCUUCUGUUGGGAUUCUGCUUGAUCUCCUCACUCAUCCACUCAGUUCAAAUGCUGCAAUGUUGGAUUGGGUUAAACUAUCAUAACACAUCUUUAAUAGCCUGUCCUGCUAACUAUUAUUGUGCUGUUCUCCAGUUAGGCCAUUCUUCAACCCUACAGGGUUGCCUAUCUAAUGAAAACACCUGCAAUUUAACAACACCUACAAGUGUUAAUUUUGGGUUUUAUGAUGAAAUACGGUCAUGCUGUGAAACAGAUGGUUGUAACAAUGGCAGUCUGCCUGAAAAAAACAAUGUCCCGAAUGGACUUAAGUGUGACUCAUGCAAGAGUGCGAUAGACAAAGAGUGCAAAACUCCACUGUCUUGUGUGGGAGCCCAGGAAUGCUGCGUAAAUAUGACAGAUUUUGUACAUUUGAGAAAUUACACAUGGAAGGGAUGUGCUUCAAAAAAUUUUCGUGGAAUGACAUCAAACUCCACAGUCUCGCUUAGCUGCUACAAUAAAGGGAAUCUAAAUCUUACCCAUAAACCCACCCCUAACACUAAAUCUACUACUUACACUAACUUUACCUCUUCAAAUGCAGUUCAAAUGCUGAAAUGUUGGAAUGGGUUAAAAAACUAUCAGAACGCAUCUUUUAAAGCCUGUCCUGCUAACUAUUAUUGUACUGUUCUCCAGUCAGGCAAUUCUUCAACCGUACAGACAUGCCUAUCGAUUGAGAAAACCUGUUAUUUCACAACACCUACAAGUGUUAAUUUGGGGUUUUAUGAUGUAAUAAUGUCAUGCUGCGACACAGAUGGCUGUAACAAUGUCAGUCUGCCUGAAAAAACCAAUGUCCCGAAUGGACUUAAGUGUGACUCAUGCAAGAGUGCAGAAGACAAAGAGUGCAAAACUCCACUGUCCUGUGUAGGAGCCCAGGAAUGCUGCUUUAAUAUGACAGAUUUUCAAGUGUUGGGAAAUUACACAUGGAAGGGCUGUACUUCAAAAAAAUUUCGUGGAAUCACAUCAAACUCCACAGUCUCGCUUAGCUGCUACAAUAAAGAGAAUCUAAAUCCGACCCCUAAACCCACCACUAGCACUAAGACUAAAUCUACUACUUACACUAACUUUACCUCUUCAAAUGCAGUUCAAAUGCUGAAAUGUUGGAAUGGGUUAAACUAUCAGAACGCAUCUUUAAAAGCCUGUCCUGCUAACUAUUAUUGUGCUGUUCUCCAGUCAGGCAAUUCUUCAACCGUACAGACAUGCCUAUCUAAUGAGAAAACCUGUAAUUUCACAACACCUACAAUUGUUAAUUUGGGGUUUUAUGAUGUAAUACUGUCAUGCUGGAACACAGAUGGCUGUAACAAUGUCAGUCUGCCUGAAAAAAACAAUGUCCCGAAUGGACUUAAGUGUGACUCAUGCAAGAGUGCAGAAGACAAAGAGUGCAAAACUCCACUGUCCUGUGUGGGAGCCCAGGAAUGCUGCUUCAAUAUGACAGAUUUUAAAGUGUUGGGAAAUUACACAUGGAAGGGCUGUACUUCAAAAAAAUUUCGUGGAAUCACAUCAAACUCCACAGUCUCGCUUAGCUGCUACAAUCAAGAUAAUCUAAAUCCUACCCCUAAACCCACCACUAGCACUAACACUAAAUCUACUACUUACACUAAAUUUACCUCUAAAUAUACCCCAGGAAACAAAAGUGCAUCUUGGCUGAGAGUCCACAGCUGCAGUCUUCUACUGAUGAGUCUUAGUGCCAUUUUCUUGAAGGAGGUAAAUUAAAUCAUGAAAGCAAGAAAAGAUCUACAGGUUAUUUAGUGCUCUAACACAUCCUGAAGUUUGCCUUCUCAGAGUUUUUCAAAAUAAAAGUAAAUCGGGUUUUAAUGUUGGGAGUUCCUGUCGAGACGAAUGUAACACUUGUUACUUAUGUCCCACUGCUAAGAUUGUUGCAUUAUGUUGAAGAUUUAUAUUAUUCAAUUAAUUUAAUUUCCAUAGUGUUCAUACUGUUGAACUUUUUUUUAAUUUUACUGAAAUUUAAAAUAAAAAAGUGUAAUUUAAUUCGUUUUUUAAAACAUAAAGGACACCAUAUGGGUAG